AUGAACAAGAGGAAGGGUUCCCUUUAUGAGUAACUAUCAAGAGUAACCCCUAUGCUAAAAAACUCUGGCUAAACAGUUACUGAAAAAUAUGAAAAGGAUAAAGAAGAGCAUGAAAGUUGGCAUCAUAUUUAGCCAAACUCUUAACUUAAUUCAUUUUAGCAUCAUUAAAGACUUGAGCAGAUUUAAAAGCCUCAUUAAUUUAAAUUAAAAGAAAAUAUUAAUACUUUCAAUGCAGCAUAAAGUUAGAAUUAACAUAAACUUCAACAAACAAGUAAGCAAGCAAAGUAAAUUCGCUCUCAUUCAGCAUAAAGGUCUUCAUCUCUAGAUAAGAGGAGAUAAGAGGUGUGUUAUUGGGAUAAAAAUUGCUUCAUAGAAAAUACUGAUUUGCAUCAAAAUAAUAAUCAUAAUAAUUUGGAUUAAUAUAGGAAUCACCCAAGAGGUGUAAAUCAACAUUCGAUAAAUGAUAAAAUCAAGAGAUAAGUUUAAUGCUAGACUGCUUUUAAUAUGAAUUACAAUUUAAUAAACAAUGACAAUCAGCACUCAUUAAAAAUAGAAAAGCUUAGAGAUGAGUAUAAUAGAGAGUAAGGAAGAGAUCUUUAAAUUUAAGAAUCAUUAGCCAAUUAGAUGGAAAACUCAACGCACUAUCAAGAAGAAUUUGAAUAUACAGUUCCAAAUACAAAUGAAAGAAAUGAGUAUAUGAAUGAAGAAGAAGGUUACAUCCUCUCAAUAAACUAGCAUGCACGCACUUAAUAUAGAAAACCCUAAGCUAAAAACAUUAAUUAUUAAAAGUAAACAUUCGAUUACAUAAAGCAGCUCAUUUAAAAGUAGUAAAAGGAUAUGAAAUACUACCUCGAAUAGCGUACUACUGAUACUACAGAUGAUUAGAACGUGAGUAUUAAUCCAAAUAACAAGAGCUCUUCAGAUGAAGCCAUAUUGACAAGCGCAGAUCAAAAGAGUUUUUAUGAUUAAUGUGGAAAUGAAAAUCACAUAAAUGGAAAUUAUAUUGCAAGUCAUUUUCCAUAUCCUAAAAACGGAAAGCAAUAUAGUAAGGCUUUUAUAGCUAAAGAGAUUUCCUCAAGUCACGACACAACAAAGCUGAUAGAUGAUGAGUCUGGAAAUAAGUAGUAGAAUAGCGAUAAUAAUAUUAAAGCUAAUUUUGAAAGCACUUGCAAUUAAAAAGAUUACCAAGAAUAUUUAUCAGAAUAGCACAUAUACUCGAAAAAUUAAUUUAAUAAUACUCACCCAUCUGCUAAUAAUAAAAUGCCUGAUUUGAUUCUUUUUGAAAAACCAAAUUAAAUUAGAUCUAGCUGUAACAAUAGAUAUGAGCUCAGAAGAAAAAAUACUCCUUCAUAAGGAAGUAACUAAAAAAACAACAAAAAAACUUUAAGCAUCAUAAGCGAUUAAUUUGAAGAUAUGCUAGAAUGCAAAAUGGUAGAUCAUCAGCUUUGUCCUAAAAGUGAAAUCAAAAAAAAUAAUCUAUAUUCAAAUCCCAAUAAGAUUUAGAAAAGAUCAAAAUCUGAAACCAAAAAUAGCAGAAAUUAUAGAUGA